ACGUAUGUGAUAAUUUCAAAAAUGGCAUCUUAUGUAUCAGUCGAUUGAUUUCAACAUUUUACUUCAAAAGUUUUAUAUUGUUUUCGAUCCGAAGUUGAUUUUAUUUAUCGAAUUAUUUUAUGUUUUGGCCAAUGUGUAAAAAUAAUUAGUUGUUAUAAAGCAAGGCUAUCGACGAAAUGAUAGUUCAGGAACCUGUACAGGCAGCCAUCUGGCACUGUUUAAACCACUACGCCUAUCAAGAUGCAACUUUUCUGGCUGAACGAUUGUAUUCAGAAGUUGAAACGGACGAUUCAUUGUUUACAUUGGCAACUUGCUACUAUCGAUCAAAUCAAGUGCACCAGGCAUUCUGGGUUCUUAAUACGAAGGGAUCCAAAUCACCACAGUGCAGAUAUUUACUGGCUAAGUGUGCAUUCGAACUGAAGAAAUUUUGCGAUGUCGAGUCAGCUCUGAUAAACGAGAAUUUCAUCGAACUGAAACAUUUGGACGAAAUUUGCAAGGACUUCGGUGAAGUGGCUUGUUUUGCAUUGCAACUGGUAUCGAAAGUAUGUACACAAACCGAACGACACACAAUUGCGGCCGAAGCAAAUAAGCGAGCGUUGAAAUUGAACCCAUUUCUGUGGCAAUCGUUUGCGGAUUUGUGCAACCGAGGCCACAAACCCGAUCCGAAGGCCAUUUUUCAAUUCACAAGCACCGACAUAUUCGCUACAUGUCAGAGCAAUAGCAAUUUUAGCUCCGUUGUACUGCUGGGUAAUGGGAUGAACGACGCCAGUGACAUCAACCUAAUUGAUUUGCACUCAAUGACACCGGAUCAGCCGAUAAAUAUUACCCCGACGUUGCGAGCAAUGGAUGAUACGCCACCGAACGAUCCAAUUGUUUACAGUGAGAAUGCCACACCGCUGCGAAAGCAGUUCCCCUAUUUAUCGACUAUGAAUCCAACGACACCAUCAUUCGGUGCUCUAGCCGUGAUAAAUAGUCCAACCGAAUCACAAAUUUUGUAUAAUACUCCGCCGCAUCAACAGCAAAUGGUACCGACAUUGGUCGAUGCGAAUGAUCAAAAGUCUGUGAUGAAGAAAAUCAAGACCGUAGGUAGCAUCGUUAAUCGUAAAGACACGCCGUUGCAAUUGAGCAAACCGUUAUUUAGUCAAACCGGUAAUAUAACGCCGCGAACGCCGAAUCCAAAUACGAUGGGUGGACAGGUGCGUCGUUCGUCGCGAUUGUCGUUUAGCAAUUGUUCGGUGAAGGAGAACAACAAAAGUGCGAACAUAAAUAAAUUUGUACCGCCGCGAUCGCCGACACGAAGGACGAAGCGUAUGACGAAAAUGAAUCUCAACAACACGGCAUUGAAUGAGAUAAACGAUAAACAACAGAAGAUCGAAAAAGAAAAAAUUGAGACGGUAACAUCGGCUGAAACGAAAGUUCUGAUCAACAACACCAUCAACACGGCUCAAAAUAUGGCACAGGAAGUGCUGAAUAUGAAAAGACACAGUGCCGAAGGACUGAUCAAUUUGUUGCGCGAACUAGGCGAUGGUUAUUUGCAAUUGUCGCAAUUUAAUUGCAAAGAAGCCAUCGAUGUGUUUAGUAACGUUGCGCCGCAUCAAUUCACCAGCUCAUGGGUACAGAGUAUGAUCGCUCAGGCACACUAUGAGGACCGUAAUUACGAAGCAUCAACGAAAAUAUUCCGUGAAAUUCACAAAAAGGAACCACAUCGCAUCCAUCUGAUGGAGGUGUACAGCAGUGGCUUAUGGCAUUUACAGCGUGAAGUUGAAUUGUCUGCAUUGGCACAGAAUUUAAUUGCACAGGACAAAUUGUCGCCGGUGACAUGGUGUGCAUUAGGCAAUUGCUUUUCGUUGCACAAAGAACACGAGACGGCAAUAAAAUUUUUCGAACGAGCUAUACAAGUCGAUCCAGAUUAUUCAUAUGCGUACAUUUUGCUGGGCCACGAACUGGUGAUCACUGAAGAACUGGAAAAGGCAUUGUCGUGCUACCGAUCGGCGCUGGUGAAGAAUUCGCAUCAAUACAAUGCGUGGUACGGCAUCGGAACAAUUUAUCACAAGCAGGAGCGAUACAAUUUAGCCGAAUAUCAUUACAAAUCCGCGUUGCGUAUCAAUACUAGGUGUCCCGUGCUAAUGGUGCACAUUGGAACAAUGCAAUUUUAUUUAAAGAAAUGCGAUCAAGCACUGCAAACGCUGAACGCUGCCAUCGCUCUGGAUCCAAAGAAUCCGUUGUGCAAAUUUCAUCGAGGUUCGCUCAACUUUCACAUGGGCAAAUAUCCGGAAGCACUCAAAGAGCUGGAGGAGCUGAAGCGGGACGUGCCAAAAGAGUCCAUAGUUUAUUAUUUAUUAGGGAAAAUUCACAAAAAAAUGGGCAACGUGGAUGCGGCAAUAAUGCACUUCAGCUGGGCAACCGAUCUCGAUCCGAAAGGAGCUAAUAAUCAAAUAAAAGAAGCAUUUGAUUCGAAUAUAAGCCAAAGUACAAUGGGCGCCGGUGAACCAUCCGAAUUGCUGGAAUGCAGCGAUGAAUCGGCUCAAUUACGCAGUAGAGAACCAAAUGAAGCAGUCUAUGACAGUGAUAGUAACGAAUGAAAGACUGGAAGAAACGUUAUAUAAAAUUCGUAAUUAAUUAAUUCAAACAGAAAACAACACAAAACACACAUUUUGACUAUAAUUUACAAAUUAUGAAGUUCAAUAUGAUACUUAGAUAAACAAACAAACAAAAUAAUCGUAAAAGAAAGAAAAAACCAUGCAAAAACCAACAAAACUAUUUCAAUGUGUCGCGUUAGAGGUAAAUUUUUAUUUAAAACUUUUAGCUUGCUGUUUUGAAGUUUCAAAAACGAAAAACAUGGAGAAAAAAAGAGAUUCAAAUAAAAAGUCAAAACAUUUUACGAUCCACGA